AUGGAGAAAUACCUCGAAAGAAUGUCUCGUUAUUCAGAAAUUUUCGUCAUUGAUCGGAGUAAUACGGAUAUCUAUGAUGAUAAUGAUCUCCUAAUUACCAUGGAAAAAUUAAUUGAGAUUGACUAUGAGGGUGAACGUCUUAUUCGGGACGACUACAAAUUUCUUGAAUGGAGAAAUGGUCUCUUUAAUGAACGGGCCGCGUCGUAUCAUCGCGAAAAAUUCUCCUCUGUGGGCCUCAAGUUCAUGUCUCUAUUCAAGAAAUUUCAUAUGCCACUAGAUUUGAAGGAAGGAAUCUACACUUUUGAUGCCAAGGAAAUGCAGCACCAUAUAUUCAAGAGGGAUCCGAGACUUAAGUAUGCUCCCGGUUAUGAUCCCUCGAAGGACAGUCUGGCACGAAUCCUCUUUGAUCCCUACGUGGAAGCCCGUAAUUUCCGCAAGGAUUGGCCCUCUUACUUCCUUACCUUCUAUUAG